UCGGGCUCGGGACACCCCCUCCGGGUCCCCUGGCGGGGCGGCUUCGGCUUCGGCUUCGGCAGCACUGGAGAAGGCAGCGGCCGGGAGGGCGACUUGUAGGGCGAGUCGGCCGCGCUGGACCCGGGACAUUUUCCACCCCGGGGGGGACCCUCAGCUGAUUCUCUCAGCCCCGGCUUCCCGUUGGAGCCCGCGGGACCCCCGGGCCGGCAGGGAGCUCCGGCGGCGGCCGCAGCACCAUGAGGCGGUGGUGGGGCGCGCUGCUGCUAGGCGCCCUGCUCUGCGCACACGGCCUCGCCAGCAGCCUGGAGUGUGCUUGUGGUCGAAGCCACUUCACAUGUGCGGUGAGUGCUCUCGGCGAGUGUACCUGCAUCCCUGCCCAGUGGCAGUGUGACGGAGACAAUGACUGCGGGGAUCACAGCGAUGAGGAUGGCUGUAUGCUGCCCACCUGCUCCCCUCUGGACUUCCACUGUGACAAUGGCAAGUGCAUCCGCCGCUCCUGGGUGUGUGACGGGGACAAUGACUGUGAAGAUGACUCUGACGAGCAGGACUGUCCCCCCCGGGAGUGUGAGGAGGACGAGUUCCCCUGCCAGAACGGCUACUGCAUCCGGAGUCUGUGGCACUGUGAUGGUGACAAUGACUGUGGGGACAACAGUGAUGAGCAGUGUGACAUGCGCAAGUGCUCAGACAAGGAAUUCCGCUGCAGUGAUGGGAGCUGCAUUGCUGAGCAUUGGUACUGUGAUGGUGACACAGACUGCAAAGAUGGCUCAGAUGAAGAGAGCUGCCCCUCAGCAGUGCCCUCUCCUCCUUGCAACCUGGAGGAGUUCCAGUGCGCCUAUGGCCGCUGCAUCCUGGACAUAUACCAUUGUGACGGCGACGAUGACUGCGGAGACUGGUCGGACGAGGCUGACUGCUCUUCCCACCAGCCUUGCCGCUCUGGGGAAUUCAUGUGUGACAGUGGCCUCUGCAUCAACGCAGGCUGGCGCUGUGAUGGGGAUGCCGACUGUGAUGACCAGUCUGAUGAGCGCAACUGCACCACCUCCAUGUGCACAGCAGAGCAGUUUCGCUGUCGGUCUGGCCGCUGUGUCCGUCUGUCCUGGCGCUGUGAUGGGGAGGAUGACUGUGCAGACAACAGUGAUGAAGAAAACUGUGAGAACACAGGAAGCCCCCAGUGUGCCUCUGAUCAGUUCCUGUGUUGGAAUGGGCGUUGUAUUGGACAGAGGAAGCUGUGCAAUGGGCUCAAUGACUGCGGUGACAACAGUGACGAAAGCCCACAGCAGAACUGUCGGCCCCGGACGGGCGAGGAGAACUGCAAUGUUAACAAUGGAGGCUGUGCCCAGAAGUGCCAGAUGGUGCGAGGGGCAGUGCAGUGUACCUGCCACACGGGCUACCGGCUCACAGAGGAUGGGAGAACAUGCCAGGAUGUGAAUGAGUGUGCUGAGGAGGGAUACUGCAGCCAGGGCUGCACCAACAGUGAAGGGGCUUUCCAGUGCUGGUGUGAAGCGGGUUAUGAGCUACGGCCUGAUCGGCGCAGCUGCAAGGCUCUGGGGCCAGAGCCUGUGCUACUGUUUGCCAAUCGUAUCGACAUCCGGCAGGUGCUCCCGCACCGCUCUGAAUACACACUGCUACUCAACAACCUGGAGAACGCCAUUGCCCUUGACUUUCAUCACCGGCGGGAGCUGGUCUUCUGGUCUGAUGUCACCCUGGAUCGCAUACUUCGUGCCAACCUUAAUGGCAGCAAUGUGGAGGAGGUUGUGUCUACUGGGCUAGAGAGCCCAGGGGGUCUGGCUGUGGACUGGGUCCACGACAAGCUCUACUGGACUGACUCGGGGACAUCGAGGAUUGAGGUAGCUAAUCUGGAUGGGGCCCACCGGAAGGUGUUGCUGUGGCAGAACCUGGAGAAGCCCAGGGCCAUUGCCCUGCACCCCAUGGAGGGAACCAUUUACUGGACAGAUUGGGGCAACACCCCCCGAAUUGAGGCCUCGGGCAUGGACGGCUCUGCACGCCGCAUCAUUGCUGACACUCAUCUCUUCUGGCCCAAUGGUCUCACCAUCGACUACGCUGGACGCCGCAUGUACUGGGUGGAUGCUAAGCACCAUGUCAUCGAGAGAGCCAAUCUAGAUGGCAGUCACCGCAAGGCUGUCAUUAGCCAGGGCCUCCCACAUCCCUUUGCCAUCACGGUUUUUGAAGACAGCUUGUAUUGGACAGACUGGCACACCAAGAGCAUCAAUAGUGCCAACAAGUUUACUGGGAAGAACCAAGAGAUCAUUCGUAACAAGCUGCACUUCCCCAUGGACAUUCAUACCUUGCACCCCCAGCGCCAGCCUGCAGGGAAAAACCGUUGUGGGGACAACAAUGGAGGUUGCACUCAUCUGUGUCUACCCAGCGGCCAGAACUACACCUGCGCCUGCCCCACUGGCUUCCGAAAGAUCAACAGCCAUGCCUGUGCCCAGAGUCUUGACAAGUUCCUGCUUUUUGCCCGAAGGAUGGACAUCCGUCGGAUCAGCUUCGACACAGAGGACCUGUCCGACGAUGUCAUCCCACUGGCUGACGUGCGCAGUGCUGUGGCCCUUGACUGGGACUCCCAGGAUGACCACGUAUACUGGACAGAUGUCAGCACUGAUACCAUCAGCAGGGCCAAGUGGGAUGGAACAGGACAGGAGGUGGUAGUGGAUACCAGUUUGGAGAGCCCUGCUGGCCUGGCAAUUGAUUGGGUCACCAACAAGCUCUACUGGACAGAUGCAGGUACAGACCGAAUUGAAGUGGCCAACACAGAUGGUAGCAUGAGGACAGUGCUCAUCUGGGAGAACCUUGAUCGCCCUCGGGACAUUGUGGUAGAACCCAUGGGCGGGUACAUGUACUGGACGGACUGGGGUGCGAGUCCCAAGAUUGAACGAGCUGGCAUGGAUGCCUCCAGCCGUCAAGUCAUCAUCUCCUCUAACCUGACUUGGCCGAACGGACUUGCUAUUGACUACGGGUCCCAGCGGCUGUACUGGGCUGAUGCUGGCAUGAAGACCAUUGAGUUUGCUGGGCUGGAUGGCAGCAGGAGGAAGGUGCUGAUUGGAAGUCAGCUCCCCCACCCUUUCGGGCUGACUCUGUAUGGACAGCGCAUCUAUUGGACUGACUGGCAGACCAAAAGUAUACAAAGUGCUGACCUGCAGACUGGGUUAGACCGGGAGACUCUGCAAGAGAACCUAGAGAAUCUCAUGGACAUCCAUGUCUUCCAUCGCCAGAGGCCUCCAGUGACAACGCCAUGUGCUGUGGAGAAUGGUGGCUGCAGCCAUUUGUGUCUCCGGUCCCCAAAUCCAAGUGGUUUCAGCUGUACCUGCCCCACGGGCAUCAACCUGCUCAUUGAUGGCAAGACAUGUUCCCCAGGCAUGAACAGUUUCCUCAUCUUCGCCAGGAGGAUUGAUGUACGCAUGGUCUCCUUGGACAUCCCUUAUUUUGCUGAUGUGGUGGUCCCAAUCAACAUGACUAUGAAGAACACUAUUGCCAUUGGAGUGGACCCUCUGGAAGGAAGAGUGUACUGGUCAGACAGUACACUGCACAGGAUCAGCCGUGCCAGCCUGGAUGGCUCACAGCAUGAGGACAUCAUCACUACAGGUCUGCAGACCACAGAUGGACUUGCAGUGGAUGCCAUCGGACGGAAGGUCUACUGGACAGACACAGGAACAAAUCGGAUUGAAGUCGGCAACCUGGAUGGGUCUAUGCGGAAAGUGUUGGUGUGGCAGAACCUCGACAGUCCCCGGGCCAUUGUACUAUACCAUGAAAUGGGGUUCAUGUACUGGACAGACUGGGGGGAGAAUGCCAAGUUAGAGCGGUCUGGAAUGGAUGGUUCAGAUCGCACUGUGCUUAUCAACAACAACCUAGGGUGGCCUAACGGACUGACUGUGGACAAGACCAGCUCCCAGCUACUGUGGGCUGACGCCCAUACUGAGAGAAUUGAGGCAGCCGACCUGAAUGGUGCCAAUCGACAUACAUUAGUGUCACCAGUACAGCACCCAUAUGGCCUCACUUUGCUUGACUCCUAUAUCUACUGGACCGACUGGCAGACCCGUAGCAUCCACCGGGCCAACAAGAAUACCGGUAGCAAUGUCAUCUUGGUGAGGUCCAACCUGCCAGGCCUCAUGGACAUCCAAGCUGUAGACCGGGCACAGCCACUGGGUUUUAAUAAGUGUGGCUUGAGAAACGGUGGCUGUUCCCACCUCUGUCUACCUCGGCCUUCCGGUUUCUCCUGUGCCUGCCCCACUGGCAUCCAGCUGAAGGGGGACAGAAAGACCUGUGACCCCUCUCCAGAGACCUACCUGCUCUUCUCCAGCCGAGGCUCCAUUCGCCGCAUCUCACUGGACACUGAGGAUCACACAGAUGUGCAUGUUCCUGUCCCUGGGCUCAACAAUGUCAUCUCCCUGGACUAUGACAGCGUGGACGGAAAGGUCUACUAUACAGAUGUGUUCCUGGAUGUCAUCAGGCGAGCAGACCUGAAUGGCAGCAACAUGGAGACUGUUAUUGGGCAUGGCCUGAAGACCACUGAUGGCCUGGCAGUGGACUGGGUUGCCAGAAACUUGUAUUGGACAGAUACAGGUCGAAAUACCAUCGAAGCAUCCCGGCUGGACGGUUCCUGUCGCAAAGUGCUUAUCAACAACAGUCUAGACGAGCCCCGGGCCAUUGCCGUUUUCCCCAGAAAGGGGUACCUCUUCUGGACAGACUGGGGUCACAUUGCCAAGAUUGAACGCGCAAACCUGGAUGGUUCUGAGCGGAAGGUCCUCAUCAACACAGACCUAGGCUGGCCCAAUGGCCUUACCUUGGACUAUGAUACCCGCAGGAUCUACUGGGUAGACGCACAUCUGGACCGGAUCGAGAGUGCUGACCUCAAUGGGAAGCUGCGGCAGGUCCUGGUCAGCCACGUGUCUCACCCCUUUGCUCUCACACAGCAGGACAGGUGGAUCUACUGGACAGACUGGCAAACCAAGUCCAUCCAGCGUGUUGACAAGUACUCAGGCCGCAACAAGGAGACGGUGUUGGCCAAUGUGGAGGGACUCAUGGAUAUCAUCGUGGUGUCCCCUCAGCGGCAGACAGGGACCAAUGCCUGCGGUGUGAACAAUGGUGGCUGUACCCAUCUCUGCUUUGCCAGAGCCUCUGACUUUGUGUGUGCCUGUCCUGAUGAGCCAGACAGUCAGGCCUGCUCCCUUGUGCCUGGUCUAGUGCCUCCUGCUCCCAGAGCUACCAGCAGGAGUGAGAAGAACCCAGUGCUGCCCAACACAUUGCCCACCACCUUGCGUUCUUCUACCACCAGGACCCACACAUCUCUGGAGGGGGCAGAAGGAAGAUGCUCUGAAAGGGAUGCCCAGCUGGGCCUCUGUGUACAUUCCAAUGAGGCUGUACCUGCUGCUCCAGGUGAAGGACUUCACAUCAGCUAUGCCAUCGGUGGGCUCCUCAGUAUUCUGUUGAUUUUGGUGGUGAUUGCAGUUUUGAUGCUGUACAGACGCAGAAGGUCUAAAUUCACGGAUCCUGGGAUGGGAAACUUGACCUACAGCAACCCUUCCUAUCGAACUUCCACUCAGGAAGUGAAAAUUGAAGCAGUUCCCAAACCAACCAUGUACAAUCAACUGUGCUAUAAGAAAGAGGGUGGACCUGAUCACAAUUACACCAAGGAGAAGAUCAAGAUUGUAGAGGGAAUUUGCCUCCUCUCUGGAGAUGAUGCUGAAUGGGAUGACCUCAAGCAACUGCGAAGCUCCCGGGGGGGCCUUCUACGGGAUCACGUAUGCAUGAAGACAGACACAGUGUCCAUCCAGGCCAGCUCUGGCUCCCUAGAUGACACGGAGACAGAGCAGCUGCUGCAAGAGGAGCAGUCAGAGUGUAGCAGCGUCCACACUGCAGCCACUCCAGAGAGACGGGGCUCUCUGCCAGACACGGGCUGGAAACACGAACGCAAGCUCUCCUCAGAGAGCCAGGUCUAAGGGCCCACAUUCUCUUCCCUGCCUGCCCACUCCUUCUCUAUGGACUUCCAAUCCUUGUGCAGGCCCCUGUCCCAUGCGCUCAUCUUCUUCCUCCUCCUCCAAACUGCUUCUAAGCCCCCAGAGAGCCUGUUGCUCACCUGAGUCCACAACUACCUGGAGACAAGAAAUAAGGGCACAUCUCAAGAAUUUAGACCUGUUUACCAUGAACCUCACUCACCUCUUGUGCUCUAGGCCCCCUGAAACUGGGCUAAGCAUGAUUCCUGGUCAGCAUAGAGCUCCAUCUCUCUCUCUCCCCAGGCACCCUCUGUGCCUGCCCCACAGUACCGAUGCAAUUGAUGAUGUAAGACUCUUGCCCGUCACAGCUGAUAGGAUGGCUUCUUUGUGAACUGGCCUACUAGGGGCUGGGACUGGAGGUCACAGGUAAAAGGUAAUGGAUAGAGGCUGAGAGAAGGGAGAAUUGUCCCAGCUGGUCUGGGUGUUUGGAAACCUCCAGCCUCAGAAGCUGGUAACUGAAAAGCUUUUGUGGGGUAUUGAGCCCUGGUGUUUUGUCCAUUGCUGGCAGUGGACAUUUUUCUCACUCAGGAGUCACAGCUUGGUCAGCUAUGACACAGGUGAAGUGUGUGGGUGGCUUAAGCUGCUCUUCCUCCUGCUGGAAUGUCUGGGGCCAUUUCUGUCUUGGAUAACUGGAGACCCCUGUCAUGGCAACUAACUAAAAGGAACUCCCUCCUGGUGCUGCUAUUGGCCAGUACUCUUCCUAAGCCUUUAACUCGGUUGUGAGCCUUGGAGACUAGACCUCUAAGACCUUUAAGAAACUCUGCGUAGGUCUAGCACAGUGUCCUACCUGAGUUUCACUCUUCUGCCUUUCUCUCUCCCGUUCUCGGGGAUUCUAAGAGAAGUAAUUCUGUAACAAACAGCCUUUCAGAAAAUCACUAGACAUUUUCCUAAAUGGUCAGGAAGAGCAGCCAGAAAAACACAAGUUACCCAGGGGCUCAGGAGAAGUAUUAUGAAGUUGAAACUCUUGAGUUCAUUCUCAAGUGCUCAGGGACACAAGUUCAUGGACAACCUGUGGCUCUGUGGUGGAAAAGCUCCCAUGCCAGCUCUUCCAGCCACUGUCCACACCCAAGUGCCACCACCUGCUUCAUGCUCUUUUGUACCAGGGCUUCUUUCAGCAGAGCGGAGACUUUUUGUGCUGCCCUAAAAUGUCUUCAUUUCUGAGAAAGGAGAGUCUAGGUUUGCUUUUCCUACCCUAGCCUUGUGCCACCAUCAAUCUCUAGAGUCCGGUGAUGAGGAGGCCAAUGAAGACACAAAGUGGUGAGCAAGGAGUAGAGAGGCAGUAAGGGCUGCUCCAGAGCAAGUCCAGGCACUUCUCCCUAGAAACCAAGGUAACGGGAGGGAAUGACAGGAGCUGAGAGUGGAGCACAGGGUCUUAGGAGAAUUUUUCUGAUUUAAAAUGUCUCUCAUGGUUCUUGCUAGUCAGAGAUCAGCAGCCAAACAUAUGCAUGAAAAACAGGACAAGAGCAAAUUCUCUCUGGUCAGUUAUAGGAGCAGGAGACAGAUGUCAAACCAAUAGUCGUGUUCUCUGGCCUUUUCCAGCACACCAACUGAGAAAAAUACAGCGCCACUUCUAAGAGGAAAUAGGGACAUUUCACACUGAAUGAGGCAGCAUUUGAGUCUUUAAAUUCAUAGUUGGGGAGGAGGGGGAGAAAAAAAAACCAGAAGAGUGUGGCAUCCUCCUGAGUGGAAAGGGGCAAGGUUCUUGUUGCACUUGGGCUGUUCAGAAUGUAGAAAGGACAUGUUUGAGCACUGAUUUACUCUGUACAAAGGGCAAAGUCUCUCUGUCCUAAACUAAUGGAAGUGGUUUUCCCCAUGUUCAUGUGUAAUGACCCUAACAUCACUCACUGGAGAGAUUGGACUUUCUGGAGUUAUUUAACCACUAUGUUCAGUGUUUUAGGGCUUUAUGAUAAUUUAAUAUAAAUUUAGCUUUUCUUAAUGACUUUGGCUGGCUUGGAGUCGUGACUAAUCUUGCACCUGCAUUAUCUGGCAGACCCAUGAUGUAGAAAACCUAUUUAGGGACAUCACCUCUUACAUCUUCAGUGACGUGUGACCCGUGAAUAGAAUGGGGCUUGUGCUGGAGUUUCUGCUCAUCUUGAGAACACAGGUCAAGACGAGAGACUUCACUGACACAUUGCCCUGAUUUCCUCUAGAGCAAGGACGGCAGGUCAUGGGAUUGGUAGACGCUGCCUGUCCAGGCAGGAUCACAAUCAUGAUCACUAGUGGCAUCUCCAGGCUCCAGAAGCUAGUGUCAUGACAUGGAUACCAUGAAUCUUCUGCUUCUGUUUUCAUUCGCUGAGGUCUGUCAUGUCAUAGAACUUGACUUUGCCUCGCAAUGAUGAUGACUGGCAAAACUGCAACCCAGUGUGAAAAAUCCCAGAAUGAGACUGGAUGUAUCUCUGGCACUUUGCCUACACAUACUCCAGUUUUUAAAAAGCUACAUCCUGCCAGAUGUGGUGGCACACACUUUUGAUCCCAGCAUGCAGAGGCAGAGGCAGGCAGAUGUUUGUGAGUUCAAGGCCAGCCUGGUCUACAGAGCUAGUUCCAGGACAGCCAGGGCUACACAGAGAAGACCCUAAAAGCCAACCCUAUUUUCCUUAUUUACCCACUGUAUGCCAAGGUUGGAAUAAGAUACCAAGGAGCCCACCUCAGGUUCUCUGUACGUUAUUCCUGUGAAAAGUAGGAAGCUUUCUAGUCCUAAUGCUGUGCACAUGUAGAGUUGCUAGGAUAAUGUCCCUACUCUAGGUGCCACCCAUGCCUAAAGAAUCCCAUCUCACAGUUUGGAGAUGAGCAGAAGCACCCUCACCACUCCUGCUCCCCCAAAAGAACAAGAAGAAAAAUGAAAAAAGUAAGAAAGUUGUGUUUGAUUGGCAAGAGAUCUGGAUCUAAACCAUAAUGUAUAAUUCCCCAGUCUGGGCAGUGGGUAGGUUUACCAGAAACAAAACUCAGUGGAGUAGUUCAAGGACAACUCAACCCCUUCUUCCCCAACAUUCUUUAAAAAGAAAACAAGAUUCCAUAGCAAGAAUAGAAGAAUCUUAGAAUCUUAGGGCUAAGAGGAAGGUUGAGAAUUCCUUGUCCAGUUCUCCAGAUACAAAGCCUGAACCCUUUACUGGCAGAAGAUAAGUCAGAUUCUAACAAACUGGGGCUAGGGAGACAGUGGAGUCAGUAAAGGCCUUGCUUUUCUGUGAGGCAUGGUGGGCGUGGUUGCAGAUGUGGUAGCCUGUUCUAGUGAGUUUGAGGCUAGCCAGGGUUACAUAAUGAGACCCUGUCUAAAACAAAAAAGAUUCCAAAAAUGAUGGUAAACACUUGAAAUGCCAGCACUGGAGAGAUGUCGACAGGCGAUCCUGGGCCUUACUGGCCGGCCAGCCAGCCUAGUUGAGAGUUGCAGAACAGCAAGAGCCUCUUUCGGUAUAUGUGAGAGCGUGUUUUCGGAAUGGCUCAUGAAGGGUGACACCCACGGUUGCCUUGUGGCCUCCAUUUACACACAUAACACAUACCCACCACAGAAUUCUGAUUAACCAGAUUAGUGGCCUGUGCCUAAAAUCCCAGCCUUCUGGAGGCUGAAAUGGGACAUUCUGAGUUUGAGGCCAGGCUGGGCUAGUAAGACUUGUCUUCAAAAAUGGACAAAACAGGCUGGAGAGAUGGCCACACUUGUGUUGUAGGUAGAUAAAACACUCGUGCCUAUAAAAUAAAAGUAAAUAUAUUUUUUGAAAUCACCGAAAUGGGUUGGAAUAAUACUAGCAGUUAAAUGUGUUUACCGCUCUUGCAGAGAGUCUAGGUUCAGUUCCCAACACCCACAUGGCAGCUCACAACCACAUGUAACUCCAGUUCCAAGGAACCUAACUCUGGACGCUUUGGGCACUGAAAGCAUACAGUGUACAUAUAGACAUAUACACAUUAAAAAUACAUAUAUUGUGCCGAGCGGAGCCUUUAAUCCCAGCACUAGGGAGGCAGAGGCAGGUGGAUCUUUGAAUUCGAGGCCAGCCUGCCCUACAGAGCUAGUUCUAGGACAGGCUCCAAAGCUACACAGAGAAACCCUGUCUUGAAAAACAAAACAAACAAAAACUAAACAAACCAUAUAUUUUGAAAAAAAAAUCAACAAACCUUAAGUAUAUUUUUGCAAAUUACAUCCAAAGUGAGGUCACUGCCUUUCAGUAUUAUAAAAACAAAUGGUGGAACCUAAGAUGAAAACGUCUGAGGCCUACAGGAUGCUCUAAGGAAGAGAAUUCUCUUUUAAGUUUUUUUUUUAAUUUAUUAUAUAUACAAUAUUAUUGUCUACAUGUAUGCCUUAAGGCCAGCAGAGGGCACCAGACCUCAUUACAGAUGGUUGUCAGCCACCAUGUAGUUGCCGGGAAUUGAACUCAGGACCUUUGGAAGAGCAGGCAAUACCCUUAACCGCUGAGCCAUCUCUCCAGGCCCAGGAAGAGAAUUCUUAUAUGACUUGUUUUGAGUGUGUACAUGACAUCCCGUACAUGUUUGUGGCAGUCAGAGGACAACCUAUGGGAAUCAGUUCUGUGACCUGAGAACUCAGGCCAUCUGCCCUGACAGAAAGCAGCUUUACCCAUUUACCCAUGUCUCAGACCCUGGUGGGAAGGGAAGGUCUGUGUGACAUGGACUGAUAUUUAUCUACACUUAGGCUCAAGAAAACUGAGAGACAGUGGUGAUGAGCCCCUUAGAAGCGUUUGAAGAGCUAAGGGCAAAGGGAACUAAGAGGAAAUGUGGUUGAAGAUCCGAGGGCCCUCAACACCACCACUGAAUGGGGGAGAAGAACUGAGGCCCUUUUCUGUUUUUCCAAGGUCUCUAGCUUUUCCUCACAGAAAGAUGACUGUUUCCCAGCAUCCCCUCGCUCACCUGUUUGUCUUCUAGAUCAUUUCCCUGCUCCACAUCGGGAAGAGUUUUAUUUCCAGUUUAGUGUUAAAACAUACUCAGUACUCAGUCUAAAGUUCUGAGUUUAAGCCCAAGGUUAAGUUAGUUACUAAGCCACCUCAUUUUGUUGAACAUAGAGCACCAAGAACCCAGAUAGCCUGUUCUUCCCUGUGGGUUAAGCGCUUGUUGACAGCCAAUGAGGCUUCUAUCUUUCCCUCUGCCUCCUUCCUCUUCUAUGAGGCUGAUGUUUCUGUGGUCAAAGUUCCCUGGGAUAGUCUACAUUUUGGAGGCUGGAAAAAUGGGCUAAAGACAUUAUAUAAAAGGUUACUUUCCCCUUCAUUUAACCAGCACCUAUUAACUGUGACAGAGCAUAAGCUAGGAAAGGCUUCGCGAUCUUUGAGACAGCCACUUGAGAUGCGUAUUAGUGUCCCCUUUAUCUCCAGAGGAUUGUUCAGGAGCACUUCAACUGAAGGCAAAAGAAAUUGAAUCAUUGAAGCUGUUUCUCUUAGGCUGGAAAUAAGGAUCUACAUCCCAACGUUGGGAUACUUCAACCAGAAGGCAGUUUGUGAUUAUACACGGAAGAGCACCUGCGCCAACCCUAAUGGACUUUUUAGAAAUGCCUAACGGUUACUCAGCAGCCACAGUACUUGAGAUGAGUUUCCUGUGUCUGGUUCCAAGAAUACAGUGUUCGCUUUGAUCCCUGCUAUGUAGUGUGCUGAGCUACACUUGUGUAGAACUGUUGGGGACCCUGGGAUGAAGUCACAAAUAACUCUAAUAAGUACACAGAUAAGUACCUUUUAAUGACAAUCCUGGGCUGCUACAGGUAAUUUUGGGCGAACACUGAAGACCUGCUAUGGACAAGACAGUAUAUAGGCUGCAAGCCCUUAAGAGGUCCUGUCACCCCCUUUCCUCCAUUAUCUAUCAGAUUCAUCUCCCUCCACUUCCUAUUCAUUUGCUCCAGCUACACUGACCUCCCUGUUUCCAAACCUGCCAGGUAUGCUUCAAGCACAGGGCUUUUGUAUUGCUGUUCUCUCUGCCUGACUCUUUUAUAUAUAUAUGUAAAAGAUAAUCAUAACUAACUCCUUCACCUUUCAAGGCAGCUCUACUAUCUCAACAAAACCUGAACUGACUCUCCUUUAAAACUGCUGUCCUAAGCAGGCGGUGGUGGUCUGUGUCUUCAAUCCCAGCACCCAGGAAGCAGUGUCAGGCAGAUCUCUGUGAAUUCAAGGCCAGCUUGAUCUAUAUAGCAAGCUCCAGGCUAGCCAUGGCUGAAUAGUCUUUAAGGGGAGCUGGGAGAUGCCUCAGUCAGUAAAGUGCUUACUGUGUAAGCAGGAGGACCCUGAGUUCAAUCAUUAGUACCAACAGCCACGUAAAAAACUGGGUAUGGUAAUAUAUGCUUGCAAUCCCGGUGCAGUGCUGGAGACCUGAAGACAAGAGGAAACCUGGGGCUGGCUAGCCAGCUAGUCUAGCCAAAUUGGUGGGUUCCAGACUUAGUAAGAGACCCUGUAUUUAAAAAUAAGGGGGAGGGUGGAAAGCAAUUGAAGAAGAUAUUUGGUGUCUAUUUCUGGCCUCUACAAGUUCGUACAUACACAUGUGUAUAUAAAAUUACAGUCUAAGAACAUACUGCAUAAUUUAUUUGUGUUGAUUAUCUACGUCUCACUAUAACAAGAGCUCCUUGAGUGAAGGGAAUUUGUAUGUGUGUCUAUUUUGGUUUACUGACUAUUCCAAAUGCCUCGAACAGUCCUUCCCCAUACUAGGUGUUCAGUAACCACUGGUCAAAUGGAUGAGUGAAUGGAUUAGGACAUCUCAGAUGCAUACCUUUGACAUAAAAAGGUGUUGAGAAUAAAAAGCUUUUGCCUUCUUGUUGUAAAACCCUUCAGAACCCAUAUUACACACAUCCUUUAUUGAGCAGAUUUGAGAUAACCAUCAACCUCUUCUUUAAUUGUAUUCUUCACAUUUCAUCUGAUAAUAUUUAAAUAAAUUAUAUA